UUUUUAUGUUAAGACUUUUGGGUACUGAACAUGACACCUUCUUGAAGAAUUUUUGUUUUAUUAUUAAGAAAUAAAUGUGUCUUGCUCCUUGGCUCUCUCUGGCUUCAGCAGUUUGUAGUCAUUUCUACCAUAGACCAUUAAGAACAUAUUUCAAAGACAGGUUAACAAGGUUCAAGUUUACUUUUUAUCUAGUGCAGCUUCUAAGUGGCAUUGGCUCUCAUCCUAACCUUAAAGCUCCGAAGAUUAAGCUCGGUUUUGAGGACCCUCUCAUAAGGGCUUAUGAAAGUUUUGGUGAAAACAUGUUGCUGCUUCAGUGCAGAAAUCCGACUUCUCCUCCAAAGCCAUGUGGCCUGGUACCAAAUGUAAAGAUGAGUCUCCUUGUUUUCCUGGGUCUGCUUGGUGUCUCUGCUGCCAUGCCAUUCCAGAUGCCAAUGCCCCGAAUGCCUGGAUUUAGCAGUAAAAGUGAAGAGAUGAUGCGAUAUAAUCAAUUCAACUUCAUGAAUGCCCCACCAAUGAUGCCUAUGGGCCCAUAUGGAAAUGGUAUGCCAAUGCCGCCACACAUGCCUCCACAGUACCCUCCAUACCAGAUGCCCAUGUGGCCUCCACCAGUACCCAAUGGAUGGCAGCAACCCCCAAUGCCCAAUUUCCCAAGCAAGACUGAUCAAACCCAGGAGACCGCCAAACCCAACCAGACCAAUCCACAAGAGCCACAGCCACAAAAGCAGCCUUUAAAGGAACCACCAAAUGAAGCAGCACGGGCCAAAGAUGACGCCCAGCCACCUCAGCCAUUCCCACCAUUUGGCAAUGGACUUUACCCCUAUCCACAACCACCAUGGCCAAUUCCACAGAGGGGACCACCAACAGCGUUUGGACGGCCAAAGUUCAGCAAUGAAGAAGGAAAUCCUUACUAUGCAUUUUUUGGAUAUCACGGCUUUGGGGGUCGUCCUUAUUACUCAGAAGAGAUGUUUGAAGAUUAUGAAAAACCCAAAGAAAAAGACCCUCCUAAACCAGAGGACCCACCUCCAGAUGACCCACCCCCAGAGGCCUCUACAAACUCAACUGUGCCUGAUGCUAAUGCCACUCAAUCAAUUCCUGAAGGCGGAAAUGACACUAGCCCAAUAGGAAACACAGGCCCUGGGCCGAACGCUGGGAACAAUCCUACAGUUCAAAACGGUGUCUUCCCUCCCCCUAAAGUUAAUGUUUCAGGCCAGGGAGUACCAAAAAGCCAAAUUCCGUGGAGACCAAGUCAGCCAAAUAUUUAUGAGAAUUAUCCUUACCCAAAUUAUCCUUCAGAAAGACAAUGGCAAACCACUGGUACCCAGGGGCCUAGACAGAAUGGACCUGGCUACCGAAAUCCACAAGUUGAAAGGGGUCCUCAGUGGAAUUCCUUUGCUUGGGAAGGCAAACAAGCUACUCGUCCAGGAAACCCAACUUACGGUAAACCUCCCUCUCCUACCUCCGGGGUUAAUUAUGCAGGAAAUCCAGUCCAUUUCGGAAGAAACCUGCCAGGGCCAAAUAAACCCUUUGUGGGAGCCAAUCCGGCCUCAAAUAAACCCUUUGUGGGAGCCAAUCCGGCCUCAAACAAACCCUUUGUGGGAGCUAAUCCGGCCUCAAACAAACCCUUUGUGGGAGCCAAUCCGGCCUCAAAUAAACCCUUUGUGGGAGCCAAUCCGGCCUCAAAUAAACCCUAUGUGGGAGCCAAUCCGGCCUCAAACAAACCCUUUAUAGGAGCCAAUCCGGCUGCAAACAAACCAUCUAUAGGAACCAAUCCAGCCGCAAACAAACCAUCUAUAGGAACCAAUCCAGCUGCAAAUAAACCCUUUGUGAGAAACAAUGUAGGUGCAAAUAAACCCUUUGUGGGAACCAAUCCCUCCUCAAACCAACCAUUUCUGAGAAGCAAUCAGGCCUCAAAUAAACCAUUUAUGAGAAGCAAUCAGGCCUCAAAUAAACCAUUUGUGGGCACCAAUGUGGCCUCAGUGGGUCCUAAACAGGUCACUGUUAGCCACAAUAUGAAAACUCAAAAUCCAAAAGAAAAGUCACUAGGUCAAAAAGAAAGAACAGUCACUCCUACCAAAGAUGCAAGCAACCCCUGGAGAAGUGCUAAACAAUAUGGAAUUAACAAUCCAAACUAUAAUUUGCCUCGCUCUGAGGGCAGCAUGGUAGGCCCAAAUUUUAAUUCCUUUGAUCAACAAGAAAACUCCUACUUCUCAAAAGGAGCUUCCAAAAGAGUACCAAGUCCUAAUAUACAAAUCCAAAGCCAGAAUUUGCCCAAAGGAAUUGCUUUAGAGCCAAGAAGAACCCCAUUUCAAUCAGAAACUAAAAAACCUGAGUUAAAACAUGGUACACACCAGCCUGCAUACCCUAAGAAAAUCCCUUCUCCUACAAGAAAACAUUUCCCUGCUGAAAGAAAUACCUGGAAUCGUCAAAAAAUCCUUCCACCCUUAAAGGAAGACUAUGGGAGGCAAGACGAAAAUUUACGUCAUCCGUCCUAUGGCUCUAGAGGAAAUAUUUUUUACCAUGAAUAUACCAAUCCUUAUCAUAAUGAAAAAUCACAGUACAUUAAAAGCAAUCCAUGGGAUAAGAGCUCUCCCAGUACUAUGAUGCGGCCAGAAAACCCACAGUACACCAUGACUUCUCUAGACCAGAAGGAGACAGAGCAGUACAAUGAAGAGGAUCCAAUUGAUCCAAAUGAAGAUGAAUCUUUUCCAGGACAAAGUAGAUGGGGGGAUGAAGAGAUGAACUUCAAAGGAAACCCAACAGUUAGGCAGUAUGAAGGUGAGCACUACGCCUCAACCCUAGCGAAGGAAUACCUUCCUUAUUCCUUAAGUAAUCCACCAAAACCCAGUGAAGAUUUUCCUUACAGUGAAUUCUAUCCCUGGAACCCACAGGAAACGUUUCCAAUAUAUAACCCAGGUCCUACUAUAGCACCACCCGUGGACCCCAGAAGUUAUUAUGUUAAUAAUGCCAUAGGACAAGAAGAAAGCACUCUCUUUCCUUCAUGGACCUCCUGGGACCACAGGAAUCAAGCUGAGAGGCAGAAAGAGAGUGAGCCAUAUUUUAACAGAAAUGUCUGGGAUCAGUCAAUAAAUUUACACAAAUCUAAUAUACCAAACCAUCCUUAUUCCACUACAUCCCCUGCUAGAUUUCCAAAAGAUCCAACAUGGUUUGAAGGUGAGAAUUUGAACUAUGAUUUGCAAAUUACUAGUUUAAGUCCACCAGAAAGAGAACAGUUGGCUUUCCCAGACUUCCUGCCUCAAAGUUACCCAACAGGUCAAAAUGAAGCACACUUAUUUCACCAAAGUCAAAGAGGGUCUUGCUGUAUUGGUGGCUCCACAGGACAUAAAGACAAUGUGCUGGCUCUACAAGACUACACUUCAUCCUAUGGUCUUCCACCAAGGAAGAACCAAGAAACCAGUCCAGUGCAUACAGAAAGCAGUUAUAUCAAGUAUGCAAGACCUAACGUUUCCCCAGCAAGCAUCCUACCUAGUCAAAGAAAUAUCUCAGAGAACAAACUAACUGCAGAAAGCCCAAACCCAAGUCCAUUUGGAGAUGGUGUGCCUACUGUGAGGAAAAAUACUCCAUAUUCUGGAAAGAAUCAACUAGAGACAGGAAUUGUGGCCUUUUCUGAAGCCAGCUCUUCUCAGCCAAAAAACACGCCCUGUCUUAAAAGUGACCUUGGAGGAGAUCGGAGGGAUGUUCUGAAACAAUUUUUUGAAGGCAGCCAGCUGAGUGAAAGAACUGCUGGCCUUACUCCUGAGCAGCUCGUCAUUGGUAUUCCUGAUAAAGGCUCUGGCCCAGAUAGCAUACAAAGUGAAGUCCAAGGAAAAGAGGGUGAGAUGCAGCAACAAAGGCCACCUACCAUCAUGAAGUUGCCAUGCUUUGGCUCCAAUUCAAAAUUUCACUCUUCUACCACUGGACCUCCAAUUAACAACAGAAGACCAACCCUACUUAAUGGUGCUCUCUCCACACCCACUGAAAGUCCUAACACAUUGGUUGGGUUAGCUACUAGGGAACAACUUAAAAGUAUAAACGUAGAUAAACUUAAUGCAGAUGAACACACUACACUCGAAUCUUUUCAAGGAACCAGUCCACAGGACCAAGGCUGCUUACUGCUUCAGGCUUAGGGAUCGCUUCAACUGAACAUCCUUGGGGGAUGAAAAAAAGAAAAAAACUAGCAAUCCUAUGUCAAUGAUUCUGCAACUUUGUACCCUGAGACUUGAUUACCUUCUUAUGACCCCUAAGCCUUUUUCUCUCCCAACAGUAGAAAUAGUGGCCCAGGUAGAGUUAAUGAGAUUGGGCCUCUGGGGCUGGCUGGAUCCAGCACUGUAACAAGUUAGUGCUCACUUAAGAAAAAGCAUGAAGGCCAUGACCAUUCCUGCCUUGAAACUUGGAAGCUAUUUGAUUGUCUGAGUUAGUUCCCUCUUUCUUGUUAACUUAUCCUGUUUCUCUCAAAUUACUUACAAUGCUCUCUGGUUUUGCACGUCUAGCAGGCUGUUGAGUUUUCCAUUUUCAUACAGAGAUCUGCACACCAGUAUGGUCCUUAUGCACUCUUUCCUGUAUGUUGUUUCUGUGUGUUCUAUUUCUAGUUAAGAGUCUCUUUGGCAUGUUUCCUCCCACUGUCUCCUUGCUCUCUUCUCUCUGCUUCCUUCUCCAUGCAGCUCGGUGUCCCUCACAUUCUCUCUCUGUCCGUCGUUUCUCACAUGCUGAGAUACUGACUGGCACCACUGGCAGUCCCUUAUGUCUGAUGACCCCUUCAUGAUUUCCUUUCCCUUCAAUUUUCUGUUCUGUCUCCAAAUGUGGAACUUUGAUCUUUUACCAAAAUUAACCUUUCCUCUCUAUUUUUUGUUAAAUUUCUUUUUCCCUCACUUUAUAUAUACAGUUUUCGUGCGUUAAGACUAUACAUCACCUUCACUCUCUGAAUCCACUCUGCAAAUUCUACUCUCUUUUUCUCAGCCAAACCAUCACUGUAGAUAACACGUCUGAAAUAGCUGCUUUUGUUGUUAAUUUUCUCAUGACCUCUCCACAUAGACACCCUGGUUGUAAAAGCACAUUCUAGGAGAAUGGAAGACAGCCUAGACACCAGAUAGAUCAUAGAGCUUAGGAAAGUGGAAAAUGAAGAAGAGAAGAAAUUGUCGCUCUGGGACUGAGCAUCUAGGAAAAAAGACUCUCACUGUACUGUGUCAUCAAUUUUCAAUCUCCAAGAUCUGCAGAGGACAUUUCUUGAAAUACUACCUUAUGCAGAUAAAGCACUCAAUGUUUAGUUUUCUCUACUAGUUCAGUAUAAAUUAUUGUACCAUUAUAUAUUAUGACUAUUAUGUUUAUGCUUCAUAUCCUUGUAGAUUUUUCCCAGACACAACUUCCAGGUAUCAUGAUUAAAUAGUGUAAAUUAUUUUGUAAAGUAGAUAUUUCUAUAUUGUCUUGCUUAGAAAAUAUUUGAGUUUUAUUGAUAUUAUUUUUACUGUUAUUAAAGGCAUUUUGGCCUGUUAUCUG